CUGUAUGGGAACCCGCGGCCUCUUGGCAAGCUGCACGCAUUCCAAUCUGGCGACGCCGCCCUGAUGCGCGCGCUAGAGUAAACACGGACAGAAACGAGAGAAACGCCGAGAGUCCCAGUGACACAUUACAUCUUUCGCAUUCCCGCGAGCUGCGGGUCAUCUCCUCAGCUCGGGCGGUGUGUCAGAGACGGGGAGUCCGGUUACCAGUGCUCGGGCUAAAAUUAGGUUUGCUUUGGGGCUGACGCAAGAAAACUGUAGCAGCGGGAAAGAGGAUCCAUGGAAACGCGCCCUACACAUUCAUUGCUAUUGAUGACAGAGAGUAUUUUUGGACAGUGUUGUCAUCAUUUGGUAACAACGAGGCCUAAGGCGUAUUGUAUAAAGGGAGGACGUUGAAAAUGCACUUGUACAGCAGCGCGUUAACACACUACCCCGGCUCCUCUCGAAAAGUUUCCGUAACUCUCACCAGUGUCGCCAAUAACGUAACAGCGACAAGUUCCAGCUCUUUGGAGGUGGUCGGAAACGCCGUUAACGGAAGCGCAACAGAAGCACACACGGAAUAUUUGUCCCGAGGGGAAAAGACUGACGCGAACAUGCCUGCUUUUUCAUGUUAUGAAGCCACCUCGAUGAGGCCGGUUUUCUACACUUCUACCGCGGAGAUUAUCAUCACGCGACCGGAUGGUGUGGAGAGAUCUGUGCCCGUUCACAUCGUGAAAGAGCCGCGCACAAACCGUAGACCUCCGGAGACGCAUUACAACCGAGUUUCUUACGCAGUCAACGGAGAUGAUCAUCACCACUCUGAUUCUGUCUUAGAUUUAGAUUACAGAAGAGACGUUUUGGGAGACGACAACGAUGAGAUAAGUGAGAAAAAUUCAAUUCACUACGAUGGUUUUUUUGAUAAUGACAGUUACAGAGUUUGUGAGAGGAGACUCAAGCCGUGUUUGCAAAGUGAUGCCACACCCUCCAGAACUUUUGGAACUGUUCAAAACACCUCAUCUGAUUCAUAUGAAGGUCUUAAAGACCCAGAAAGGAAUGAAAGUGUUGAAGAUGAUAAUCCAGUGUUCGAGCUGCACAUCCUUCAGGAGCCCACUGUGACACCCAACAAAAACGAUGUUGAUAACAAGGUUACCCGUUACCUGGCCGAAGUGGAGAAACAGAACAAAUACCUCCACAACAGGCAGAAAUACCGCUUUCACAUCAUCCCAGAUGGGAACUGCCUGUACCGGGCCGUUUCCAAGGCAGCUUAUGGAGACCAGUCAAUGCACAAGGAGCUGAGAGAGCAAACCAUGCACCACAUCGCCGACCACCUGGAGGAGUUCAACCCCAUAAUUGAAGGCGACAUUGGGGAGUUUCUGAUCAAUGCGGCACAGGACGGUGGAUGGGCUGGCUAUCCGGAGCUGUUGGCCAUGAGUCAGAUGCUGAAUGUGAAUAUCUACUUGACCACUGGGGGAAGUGUAGAAAGCCCAACGGUAUCAACCAUGGUGCACUACCUGGGUGAAGAGGACUUGUCUAAACCGACUAUAUGGUUGAGCUGGCUCAGUAACGGUCAUUAUGAUGUGCUGCUGGACAGCAGCCAGCCCAACCCGGAGUAUGAUGACUGGUGUCGUCACACCCAAGUACAACGUAAAAGGGACGAGGAGUUGGCCAAGUCCAUGGCAGCAUCCCUUUCCAAAAUGUACAUUGAGCAGAACGGCUUGCACUGAAACCGACAGACUCUGUACCUGGGAAUACUGUAACUCAUUCUAAUGUUUCCAAAUGGAUUGCACUUUGAUUCCUCAAGCGAUUAAAUAUUGCCUUAAUUUAUUACA